AUGGCCGGAGCGGCGGCGGCGGUGGCCGCCGGAGCAGCUGCCGAAGCAGCCCCCGCCGCGGUGGCCGUGGCGGCCCCGGGUCGGGCCUCGGCUGCGCCGCCCCCGCCGCCCGUGUACUGUGUAUGCCGGCAGCCGUACGACGUGAACCGCUUCAUGAUCGAGUGCGAUAUCUGUAAGGACUGGUUCCAUGGCAGCUGUGUUAGAGUAGAAGAACAUCAUGCUGUUGAUAUUGACCUGUAUCACUGUCCCAACUGUGCAGUUCUCCAUGGAUCUUCCUUAAUGAAAAAGAGGAGGAACUGGCACAGACAUGACUACACAGAGAAUGAUGAUGGUUCUAAACCAGUACAGGCUGGGACACGAACUUUUGUUAAGGAAUUACGUGCUCGAGUCUUCCCAAGUGCUGAUGAAAUCAUAGUAAAGAUGAAUGGCAGCCAGCUGACACAAAGAUACCUGGAGAAACACGGAUUUGAUGUACCUAUUAUGGUUCCUAAAAUAGAUGAUUUAGGUCUUAGACUCCCUCCACCAACUUUUUCUGUGAUGGAUGUGGAACGUUAUGUAGGUGGUGACAAAGUAAUAGAUGUCAUUGAUGUCGCAAGGCAGGCAGACAGCAAAAUGAAGCUUCACAACUAUGUUAAAUACUUCAUGAAUCCUACUCGCCCAAAGGUGUUAAAUGUGAUCAGCCUCGAAUUUUCAGAUACAAAGAUGUCUGAAUUGGUGGAGGUUCCUGAUAUUGCCCGAAAACUUUCUUGGGUGGAAAAUUACUGGCCAGAUGAUUCAGUCUUCCCUAAGCCAUUUGUUCAAAAAUAUUGUUUGAUGGGAGUUCAAGACAGCUAUACAGAUUUUCACAUUGACUUUGGUGGCACUUCAGUCUGGUACCAUGUUCUCUGGGGUGAGAAGAUUUUUUAUUUGAUAAAGCCAACAGAUGAAAAUUUAGCACUCUAUGAAUCCUGGAGUUCAUCUGUCACCCAAAGUGAGGUGUACUUUGGUGGAAAAGUGGAUAAAUGCUACAAGUGUGUUGUGAAGCAAGGGCACACUCUAUUUGUUCCAACAGGCUGGAUUCAUGCUGUGCUCACAUCUCAGGACUGUAUGGCUUUCGGAGGGAACUUUCUGCACAACCUUAAUAUUGGCAUGCAGCUCAGGUGUUAUGAGAUGGAGAAAAGGCUGAAAACACCUGAUCUUUUCAAGUUCCCUUUCUUUGAAGCCAUAUGUUGGUUUGUAGCCAAAAACCUUCUGGAAACUUUGAAAGAAUUAAAAGAAGAUGGUUUUCAGCCCCAAAAUUACUUAGUGCAGGGAGUCAAGGCAUUGCAUACUGCUUUAAAAUUAUGGAUGAAAAAAGAACUUGUGUCAGAACAUGCCUUUGAAAUUCCAGACAAUGUUAGACCGGGACAUCUCAUUAAAGAACUUUCUAAAGUAAUUCGUUCCAUAGAGGAGGAAAACAGUAAGCCAGUCAAAUCUCAGGGAAUUCUUACUACAUGCCCAGUUUCACGAUCCUCAAAUGAAGCAUCCUCCCCAUACCAUUCCAGACGAAAAAUGAGAAAACUUCGAGAUCAUAAUGUUAGAACUCCUUCUAACCUGGAUAUCUUAGAACUCCACACAAGAGAGGUGCUCAAAAGACUAGAGAUGUGCCCAUGGGAAGAGGACAUCUUGAGCUCUAAAUUGAAUGGAAGAUUCAACAAGCACCUCCAGCCAUCUUCUACAGUACCAGAAUGGAGAACAAAAGACAAUGACUUACGAUUACUGCUGACAAAUGGAAGAAUUAUUAAAGAUGAAAGACAACCCUUCACAGAUCGAAAUCUAUAUACAGCAGACAGUGAAAAUGAAGAUUAUGUGGAGAGGUCAAAAAAGGCAAAAAGCCUAAAGAUAGAACAGAUUUCAGAAGGACAGGGGAAUAUAGAACCUCAGAAACCACUUAACAUGUUUUUUGAAAGUGUAAAAUCAGAACUUAGAAAUGGAUCUUCACAAUAUUCUGAUAUUUCCGAUUCAGAGGAAUCUGGGCCUGACUGCACUGUUCAGAAAAAUGAUUUUACCAGGGAAGAGUCAGAAAGCUCAGGUGAUGAAAAGAAACAGAAAAUAUCUUCAAAUUUUAAGGAGGAAUCUGAAAUGACAGUGAACUUAUACCAAACUAAUAAGAAGCCAUCUCGAAGAGAAAUUCCAAGUAAGAGGGAAUGUCCUACCUCUACCAGCACAGAGGAAGAAGCUAUUCAGGGCAUGCUGUCCAUGGCAGGAUUGCACUAUACCACCUGCUUAACAAGGCAGAUACAAAGCACAGACUACAUAGAUGAAAGAAGCUCACUUCAUGAACAUAACAGCUGCCAUAGGAGUAACCAUGAAGUUAGGCAAUUCUAUCAGUCCCAUAAGCCAUUGGAAUAUGGUCAUCAUAUUAAGACAGAGGAACAAGAAUUGGGGUCUUCAUCCUGGGUCAGGCAACUUACAACUUCUAGGUAUAAUCCUCAGGAUCCAGGUAAAGCUCAGAAACAUAUCAAAAAAGAAGAUUCAUCGGAAUUCACUCAGAAGGUUCAAAGUAGAAGUUACAUGGACGGCUGUGGUUCAAGCCUCCAAAAUGGGAAGUGUGCACAAAAUCCAAGCUAUGUGCCAGGCACAUGCCAGAUGAGCAAUGGCAGUUUUAGCCCAGAAAGUUCUGGGGGUGAAACUUCCUUUUCUUUACCACUACACCCGAUUAAGCGACCUGCUUCCAACCCACCGCCCAUCAGCAACCAGGCAACUAAAGGUAAACGUCCAAAGAAAGGAAUGGCAACCGCCAAGCAGCGCCUUGGGAAGAUCCUUAAGUUGAACAGAAAUGGCCAUGCACGCUUCUUUGUGUGAUGGUAGCCUUUAUUGCUGCCACUCUCACCUUUGGAGACCAGUAUUGAGGGCAUUGGGGCCUGGAGCUUCUGCUGUUCCUCUGCUUGAAGCAGACUUGCAUGUACAAUAUAAAACACUGCCUGAAGAACAAAAUGAACCUGAUGCUGCAUUUUCACUGUGCCACACCCACUGAGCAAUAACCAUUGUGGACCUGGUGGGGGGAGGAUGAAGGAGGGGAGAACUUUAAAAGAGACCAGGAGCUAGGGCUGGUCUCUUGUCAGGGCUUGAGUAUCAUUUUGUUGUUGGUAGUGUCUUGACUUAUUUUCAGUGGUAGGGUAAAGAAAGUUAUUGAUAAUUUAUUUAACAGAUUUUUUAAAAAGUUGACAACUUUUAAAUUCUUUCUUUUUUAAGCUAUUUAUUUGGAAGACUCGUGGGGAAGUAUCUCACUAAUUUAGAUUUAAGAAUGUGAAGGUUUUUAAAUUAUUUUUGAUAGCGUGUGUUACGUGUGGUAAAGAGCCAUAGUAACAGUAAUUUGUUUGAACUCUUAAAAUUUGAAAUUCAGGUUAAAGUCUUAAACAGGGAUUUGAUGCAUUAAUUAUUUUAAAUUAAGAUGUAUAUGAAAUUCAUUUUAUUUUAUAUAUUUUGUGUUUUUUUAAAUAAGCUAUUAGCGUGGCUUUUUCUAACUUACAAGUUGCAUAUUGUCAUCCAGGUUAGUUAACUUAUUCCAUCUUCUUUUUCUGUUGUCCAGCAUUUUCUGACAACUGAAGAAGAAUCUUUGCUUUACAGGGAAACAACUUCAAUACCCAAGGCUUUCCAAAAAAAAAGAAAAAGAAAUAUCUUACAAAAACCAAACCAAAACAAACUAACCCACUUCUUUUUCUCACUUUGACAGUUGUGGUUUUCUACUUAGAAAAUAACCAGACAUUUUGAAUUUUCAUUUGUACAUUUGAUGUUAGGUCCCAAAGAAAAGUGCUUUUUAAUAUCCUUUUCCUCAUUCAGAAGAAAAAAAACUAUAUGAUUGGUAUAAUUUAAUUAUGUUAGCAUUUGUUUAAUGAGUUCCCUUUGAGAUUUUGUUGUAGGAGGGCAGUUGAAGGUGAGAAGGAGGAGUCAGGAAUAACAAAUACCUGCCUUUAUAGGCUACUAUAAUGAGUUAAAAAUAUUAAAUCCUUAUUGUUUGGGGGGGAGUGCAUGAUUUGGCCUGACAUGUAUAUAAAGCUACAUUAAUUAAGCCCUAUCAUAAUAGGCUUCUGAUAUAUUAAGUUAUAGAGGAACAGCAAGGGUAUUGAAGAAGUAGGAUUGAUUGUUUUAUCUUAUAACCUUUGAAGAUUUAAUAUAAGCCGGAGUUUGAGGUGAAGUAGGUGGUUCCUGCAGUUUACUCCCUCUUAGCCAAUACAUA